ACAUUCGAUUUGAAGCAUACUUGAAUUGCGCAAAAAAUACACAACUGAGUAACAAAUUUUUCAUUUAGUGGAAGUGUGAAAGCUUUAAGCUUUGAUCGCCUUAUUACAAUGCAACUCUUCCCAAUCUCGUCCCCAGGAAUUUUUGUACGCCUAUAAUUCAAACGCCAUCUUUUUCUGCCUAUAAUAUAAAUUUUUUUAUCGCCAUCUAUAAAUCUGGCGACAUGGUUACGCAUGCUUCGAAUAAAGACAUAAAUAAGAACAUUCAAUGAUAAAAAAAGUGUGUACGAUAGAUGCAUGCUAGCCGUGAUACAAAACUGACUUUAUGUUUUUUCAGUAAUACUCUCCAGUAACUAAAUUAGUUCAAAAGCCAUCCACUACUUUUAUGGUUUGCAGCAAUCCGAACCAUUAGGGCAUAGGGAUAAUUAAUUGGAGCGCGUGAUGGACGAAACAUUGUGUUCUCCAGUUUACCAGCUAACCCAGUGUAACCUAAGGUUAUUAUUUAAUCAUCAAGUGUUUACAUUACUGAUGUUGUUAAACCGACGAAUAUGACAGGUAAUGAAAAAGACAGACAAUGGCAUUUAUUUCAAUCGAUUUAAAACCGAACUUAACGAGAUUAAAUCGACUGAUAAGUAAUACGAACGUCUCUUAAACUCUGCAAAACGUCGUUUUUGUAUUUAUUGCAAAGCUUGGAUACGUCCAAACGUAUCCAAGCUUGUUUCCUCACAAAAGUGAGGAAACAAGCUUUAUUUACGUAAUCAGCUAAUAAUGUUUAAGGGACGAAAAAAUGCAAGAGGUCAAAUUUAGGUAGUGAAAAUGGUACUGACAACAGGCGACUUAUAAUAAAAUAUUAACUACUCGAAAAAAGAAAAAGAAAACUUAUUCUCAAGGCGUUAUUUACCUCGCCAAAGCAACUGUACUCAAAUAUGAGGGCAGUUUUUAAUGCUUCAAUUUAAAUUGUCUUGUCAACUAAUUUCGAACACAGUGUGCUUUUAAAUGAUGACUUCUUUGUUAGAAAGUUACAUUAAUUCUAUCCCAUAGAAGACUAAAAUUAGUAUGCCUAGUGUAAGAAAGACACACAGAGAGAGAAUUUUCUACUUAUCCAACAAAGAAGUAAACGCAGCCUUAAAAUUUUAAAAGCUGUAACAAAAAAGAUAGGUAUCUAAAUUAAUAAUCACAGGGGCCAUAGAAUAGAGACUAUGAAACCCUAAAUAAUAAUAGAAGCAAAGCACGUAGACCCAAAUUUGAAUCAUAAAAUGGGGAUAUGCGUAGGCUAACCAAAAUUGCCGUUAAAAGAAAAGGUCAACGUAUUGCAUAUUAAAAAUUGCAUAAUAAUUGUCUAAUAAUAAUUAUAAAUAAUUACUGUUAUUGGCACUUAGCUAACUAAACUAGCUUGGCAGGUCUUGUGUUACUUGUUAUAUCACACAACAUACUUGCGAUUGCAUACUUCUUUCAGCUAAUACACCUUCAACGAGUGCAGCUACAAAUAAUUUCGUAAAUAAUUAAUAUAAGAGGUAAUAUGACUUUGCGUAUUGUAUCCAAAGAAAAAUAAACUAAGUUUGUCGACCUGUACGUGUUUACGUAAAACGCGUGAAACUUUAACCAACUUCUUAUGUGUUGCAACAACAAGAUGCUCGAAUAACAAGGCGUUGAAAAGCGUGCAAAGUGACACGCUAUUACAUGCUACUGUGGUUUUUUUUAUAGCGAAUAAUAAAUAACACGUGCACUUUUGUUUUGAUCAACUCAUUUAUACUCGACCCUCAAUAGCAAUUUAGAUAUAUAACUCGCGCUUAAGUGUGUGUUUCAUUUUAGAGUGGUAAUAAAUAACUAAAUUAAAUAAUUUCACAAAAUCUAAUCAAGCAUAAAAAUACGAAGAAAUAUCGAUGUGUUUCAUUUUCUUUAUAUAAAGGAACGUCCGGCGUGGACAUCAAGAAAAUUCGUAUAAUAUGUGAACCUGUUAGGUCGAUAGUAUGCCGCAAAUAGGACUUAAAUCCAAUUCCUUCGUCUUACAGCCAAAUCUAAAAAUUUAAACGCUACAAAGCGCCCUAAAAACAAGGUUACCGAAUUGAAAAAUGGUAAUAUUUUGGCUCACAGUGGAAACAUGUUUUUCGGAUUUAAUGCAUUGCCGGGCUUUGUUAUUAAAUGUUUGCCCUAUUUAAAUUAUUUUUUAUUACCUUCGUGAUAGUACUGACUGAAGUUUACUUAACCUCGUCUCCAACGCAUCAUGUAUCUUUUCUGACUUGACAUUAGAAAAGCAGUAAAUGCUGGAGUUAUAGGCAAGCUCAUUCCCAUUUUUUUCUUCUUAAAAAUAUCGGACGCUGUUCCAGACUAUUAGAAAAGAAAAAAGCUCUGGGGAUGAGGUUGCAAUAUGAGGAAUAGACGUCAAAGUUCGAUAUUUCGUCGUAACAAUUUUGUCAUUUCUAUGCUUCGCUUUAUGUUGGGUAUUCCGUUUUAUCUUACAUUUUAUUUCCGCCCGCCUCGUUUCCAGAGUUCUUUUUCGUUUUCUAAUGAAAAAUCUUGAGCGCCUUUAACGAACUUUUGGCUUAUUUGAGGGAAUUUGGUGUUUCACUGGUAAUGGUUAAAAAAUUUCCUAGCCGAAAACCUAUCCUUGGAAUUUCAGCUGAACAAAACAAUGGGACAGUAUUGAUAACAUUCUCGUAAAAAAAUAUCGCCAUAUAAUAUAGAAGGCAUCUUUUUGGCGUUAAAUACGUGUUGUUGUUUUUAUAUACAUAACGUUUAUAAGUAUUAUACCCAGCUUCUGUUUUGUCAUAAAAUAAGCAUAUACAAAGCAUAUUCACGAGCCUGUGGAGUUUCUGCUGAAGAUAUUUUAGUUAAUGUAACUACGCUACAAGAACUUUAUCAAGAAUUUCAUGUUUCAAUUAGGUCAUAUUUUUUGCAUCAAACUAAAGUGAGUUAAGCAAUCAGCGAGGAGUCAUGUAUUUAAUCCUUUUGAAAGGGAGGUGAAAUUAGGACUUUUAAGGAGUAAUACAAGUAGUAACAGGUUUAAGCUAUAUUUUUCACAAUUUCAGGAAUACUAGAUUUUAUUGUAAUGAGCAUACCGCAAGCAUAACCCAGCCUCAUCUGAAAAUUUAAUAUGCUUAUAUAAAAACAUGCAUUCUGUCAUGUAAAAUUCACUACGGAGGAGAUUAGGUAACCGUCUACGAAAUACAAUCGCAACAGUGUUAUGUAAUGAGAAACCUGGAAACAGGUUAAACUGGGUGAGAUAACCUGUUGCCUCAUUAAACUGCGAUUGAAUGCGGGACUUAGGAAGUUUAGAUAGAAAACAAUGAAAAAUAAGGAAAAAAGUUUAAAGGUAAAGUAAACUUCCAAAUUAUAGAGCCCGAGCAAAUUAUACGUCGUCAUCGUUUAAAUCCAUGCAAUGCACAGUAUAACUAGAUUUUUUAGGUCUCUAACGUAGGUGAAGUUUAACAACUUUUGGUGUGAGUGCAAAAUAAACUUUUUUCUUGUCUUGGGACCGAGGUUGACUUUACUCAGAAAACUAUUCUUUUUGAAGUAUAAUAAGUUUUAUUGGUUGUGCUUCUACUUUUAAUAUACGUGGGUGGAAAAAGUUACUGGAUUUUUUUUCGUCUGGUAGAACAAAUAGUGUAAAUACCUUUUUAAGGAUCUUUAAACCAGUUCCGUUGUUAGUAUUUUAGUAGGUUAAGAUCAGACUGGGAUUCAACUUAUGCUAUAUAUAUAGUCUUAUAAGUCCAACUUGCCCGCCUGCGCCCCACUCGCGUGAGUAUUGAGCAAAAGAAAGCAUAUGGCAUGAUACGUACCAUAUUUCCUCUUAACCGCCCAGGGGCUGAUCAUUUUUUUCAAAAUUUAGCACCAAAAAAAGGGGCGUUCAUGAAAUUAUUUUCAAAUCACUACAAACUGUUAAAAAACGAUGCUCGUUUUCAACCUCGUUCCCAGGGCUCUUUUUUCAAUUUUUUUAUGGCUCGUUUUAUAAUUUUAUGUCGCGACAUUUGCUUAGAAAACUGUAUACAGUACACCUAAAUUCUAUAAGGGGGUGGGGACUGAAGAGGGUGCUAAAAAGAGAGUAAAAACGAUACUUCCUGAGUUUUGGGUCUUCGGCUCGAGUUGCUGUCCCUCCUUUCCGUCGUGCGUACUUUUUUUCGGUACGCCAGACUCGGAAUUAAUCUCCCCCGCAGAAGAUCACCUGUGUUUCAUUUGAAAAUGGCGGGCAACACAAUGUUAUUUGCAUGUACAAAAUGUCACAGUCGUCAUCCAUUUGAAGAACUUAGUCGUGAAGAGCAACUUUGCAAGACAUGCAGAAGAAAGUAUCCACUUGUGACAUGUUCAUAUUGUCAGCUUGAAUUUCAUCUGUUAAAAAAAACUGAGGGCAAUCCCAUUUGUGCAAAAUGUAGUCACAAUCUCUCAACCUAUGGACAGCCAAAAAACUGCAAGUAUUGCCAGAUCAAGGCAGCAUUUAAACAAUCAUGUUGCUCAAGAUGUAUCAGCUCAGAGAAGCGAUAUGGACCACCUGUGCAAUGUCAGAGGUGUAAGAAGCAGUGUGCAUUCAAUAAAAGUGGAGAAUCCAAAGCAAAAGUAUGUUUAAUAAAGGUAGGAGGAGAGGUACUCUGUUUACAGUGUACUCUUGAAUACAAGCGUAACCGCCACAGGCUGCAAAAGGGUCUGUCAAAGGAAAAGAUGACUGAACGUUAUUCUGGUGGUCAUAUUGAUAGUACUGUCGUUAUGCCAUUAAAGGCGGAGAAUCUUCCCACUGCUUCUUUUAAAUCGCGUUUUGAUGCACUUGAAAAAAGUAGUCGGCAAAAUAGCAGAUCAAAUAGUCCCUUCAGACAAGAAAGUGUCAGUGAGAAUGCUGUUGAUUCUACCUUUGGAGAUCCUAUGUCUGAAAUGACCAAGUUGCGAGAUCAGAUUGCGAUGCUUAAAAAAGUCAUCUCUCAAAAAGAAAAAGUAAUAUUAGAAAAAGACAAAAAGAUUAACGAAUUUCAAGCUGAACAAUGGGAAAAGGAGAAAUUGCUUCGUCAGAAAAUUCAGGCGAUACAGAAGGAAAGUAACGAAAGGGUAGAACAGUUGCAGUUGGAAAACCAAGCUCUAAGAAAGCAGGUCUCAGGUCUGUCGAAAACGCGCAGAACUUCUAAACCAAUUUUUACACUAAAGAAGAUUCACUUGGAAGCGCACAAAAUACCUUCGCCAAUGACAACGUCUGAUAAGAGGGAAGCACCAAUUUCGUACGAUAGCACGGAGGAGGGUGGAAGCGUCACUACAGAAAGUGAUCGCGCCGAGAUCACUGAUCGCGAAAAAAAAGACGCUGCUCUGACAAAAGUGGAUCAUGUUACUGAAGAUGAAAUAGAAGAAAAGGAUAAAGAUGUCGAUCGCGAUAAUAAUACGGCAACCGAAGGAGAUAAUUCUGAGGAGAGCGAUGAAGGUUUAAGCAGUGCCAAAAGUAAUACAGACAAACAGAUCAGUUUUGAUGAGGCGCAAGAAGCUGAGAUUAAAAAGUUACUAAAAAACGACGAUGGACAUACUAGCAGUGGUGUGGAGGAGAACGAAGUAAAUUUGCGUCGUUCGAAAAAACGUCAAAAGAAGAAGUCACAGCUAACGAUCGAAGAUGACGGAGAUGUUAGUACUGGUGUUGAAGAUGACCACGAGUCGAAUAUUGGACCAAAAAAGAAACGGAAGAAAAAGAGACACUUGCGUAUCGACGAAUACGAUGGUGAAGAAGAGCAAAACGUUUACUCGUGCACAGAGCUACAGGAGGAAAACAAUAAUCGAGACAAAAAGAGACAAACUGGUGAAGAAGGCGAUGAAGAGGAUACCGAUUUAACAAUUACAAAGAAGCCAAAUGAGCAAGCCGAGGAACUGGAAGACGAACCUAUAAGAGAAGGUAACAAAGAAUUACACCAUAACCCGUCAGACGCAGAAAUGGCAGAACAAGCUUCAUCUCCAAGCGAUUCUGAUGAAUUACACGUCGACGAGGAUUAAAUUGGCAAACAACAAAAAAAGUAAAACAAUUUAAAAUUAUAAAAAGUGGGCACUAAGCUAUGUUCUAAGUUUUGUUUUCGACCGCCUAGCUUCUCUUUCUUAAUUAAUUUAAAAAGAGUUCCACAAUUAACUAAAAACUCAUUCAAAGUCUGAUAAGCUGUAGUAAGUGCGUCCCGAUAUAAUUGAAACUCUGAUUUUGUAACACAUGCACGGCACAAAUUUUCAUUUUUUUUUUAUGUAUUUAAUCUUUACUUGGUGAAAGGCAUGUAAUACUGAUUAUAUUAUUGAUUGAAAAUUCCUAAUUCUUUGUAUAAAAUAGAAUUGUAGAUUUUGUCUUUUGAUUGAUUUAUACAAAAGAAUCAGGGGGGGUCACACAAAGUUGUCCAAAUUGUUGUUUUAAACAUACGAAUAGGUAACAAGAAAAAAACCUUGGGAAUCUAAAUGCUCAAGAAAGAUCAUGUUUUAGGAAAAGGAAAAUUAUGUCAUAAAUUCUUUUAUCUAUAAACAAUAUGCUUGUCAUUUUUUUUCAAGCUCAAUUACGUAAAGUCACGAAAUACAUAUAUCCAUUGCA